CGAUUGUUUUUAGCUCCACCCAUCGGCGGCUGCCCUCUGAGCUCCUUCACUUUCGCGCUUUGCUCUCUCUGAAACCCUAAAUCUCGCUCUCCCUCUCUCUCUAUACACAUAUCGCUCUCAGGUUUGAAGAACAAGGUAGUAAUGGAGGCUUCGGUUGACCUAAAGCACAAACCGCAGGAGUUCGCUCUCGCCUCCGUCACGGACCUCUCUUGUUCGGCGUCGUCUUCGUCUGCUUCUUCGGCGCCAUUCGCUGCCCGCUUCAGCGUCGAUUCUGGAGUCGCCGAGCUCCGAGUCUACCCGGAAUCUGAACCCAACGAGGCGGUUCUGAUUGAUCUUCGAGAUGCUCAGCUUUUCAAGUUAAGCCCUAUCGACUCAGUAUGCAUAUCUCAAGGUUCUGAAACCGGUGAAGAGGAAUCCUAUUCAAGCGGAAUCACAAUCCGGUUUAGAAAGGAAGAGGAAAGUAAGAGUUUCCAUUGUGCAUUUGAUCAAUUGAAGAAGGAAGGGGUUGUUCUAGGAUUAUCUUUACCUAAUGGAACAUUGUCAGCUUGUAAGAGCAAGUUUGAUGAUAAGAUAGAGGCAUCUUCUGCCAAAAUGUAUUUCCAUUACUAUGGGCAGUUGCUACAUCAGCAAAAUAUGCUACAGGAUUAUGUGAGGACAGGAACCUAUUAUGCUGCAGUAAUUGAGAACCGUGCAGACUUUGUUGGUCGUGUGGUUGUGGAUGUUGGCGCUGGUAGUGGCAUUCUGUCAUUAUUUGCAGCACAGGCUGGUGCUAAACAUGUUUAUGCUGUGGAAGCAUCUGAAAUGGCAGAAUAUGCUCGCAAACUUAUUGCUGGGAACCCUUCACUGGGUCAAAGAAUUACAGUAGUCAAGGGUAAAAUUGAAGAUGUUGAAUUACCAGAGAAAGCAGACAUUCUGAUUUCUGAGCCAAUGGGGACUUUACUGGUCAAUGAAAGAAUGCUGGAGACCUAUGUAAUUGCAAGGGACCGGUUCCUUCAACCCAAUGGAAAAAUGUUCCCUACAAUUGGAAGAAUACACAUGGCACCAUUUUGCGAUGAAUAUUUGUACAUUGAAAUUGCAAAUAAGGCCCUUUUUUGGCAGCAACAAAAUUAUUAUGGGGUUGAUUUAACUCCCUUACAUGGGACUGCUUUCCAAGGGUACUUUUCCCAGCCUGUAGUUGAUGCUUUUGAUCCCAGGGUAUUGGUGGCUCCUGCAAUAUCUCAUAUGCUAAACUUUAACUCUAUAAAGGAAGAGGAGUUGUAUGAAAUUGAUGUCCCCUUGAAAUUCAUAGCCUCUGUGGGUGCUAGAAUUCAUGGGUUAGCAUGCUGGUUUGAUGUAUUGUUUAAUGGCAGCACUGUACAAAGGUGGCUGAGCACGGCUCCUGGUGCACCUACAACCCACUGGUAUCAACUGCGUUGUGUCCUCUCACAGCCUCUUUAUGUUAUGCCAGGACAAGAAAUUACAGGCCGACUUCACCUGAUUGCACACAGUGCUCAGAGUUAUACUAUUUACCUGACAAUGUCAACUAAAAUGUGGGGACCUGGUGCUGAUCAAGGAGGAAUACUUCAGACGUCAUCCUGCAAACUUGAUCUCAAAGAGCCCUACUACCGAAUGUCUCAACCACAAGCCUACCCAAUUGCCCAAGAUCAGCCAACACAUCAUCUAGUAAAUACACAGGAUAUACAAAUACAAUCCCAGGAUGAAGAUGGUUCUGAAUUGAUGCAGCAACCAUUUCAAAAUUCAGAUGCUGACCUCCAAUAAGUUAACCUGCUAAUAGGCGUCCCAGUUUGGCAGGUUUGAAGCUUCCAAACAUUCCCAAGGAUGCAGGGGAUGGGCAUCAGACAUCCGUGUUUUCAAUCACCUUUUCUUCGACCCCAACUGAUUCGCCUGUAAAUUAGAUGAAAGCUAGCUGAACCAUUGUUUACCUGAGGGCUGCGCGGCCACCCUGUAGAAUAUCAAAAGUUUAUGACCCGUUAAUUUAUCAAAUGUCUUGGUUCAAAUAAUGCUAAUAUGGGUAAUAUGGGGUUGGAGAACGUUGGAAUCUUCAGGUUUUUGAGAAAGUUGUUUGAUGCUUGUUCUCGUC